AUGGGGUCUGUCCUUUACCAGGCCAUCUGGUUAAGGGAGAAAGCAGUAGUCCUCCAGAGAGCUCUAACGCCAGUGUUGCUAGAUGCUGUUCAGAAAGUGUCCAAAUGCCUGCUGCUGCUGCUCGCUCAGGUGGACCCUAGUCGCUUCUCCAAAAGGCAGAAGAAAGCCUCAGAGAGGAAUGCCCCUUUGCCAGUAGUAAAUGGAGGGGACUCAAGCUUUACUACGGAGCUUCAGGAAGAGGCCGAGGAAAAUUCUAACCCUGCUGUGGAUGAGAAUAAUAUAGUAUCAGCCAAAAAACAGGGACCGAGCGCACAUAACUGGAGCGGUGACUGGAGCUUUUGGAUCUCGAGUUCCACCUACAAAGACAGGAAUGAGGAGUACAAACAGCAGUUCACACACCUGCCUGAGUCAGAGAAGCUGAUAGCAGAUUAUGCUUGCGCUCUUCAGAAGGAUAUCUUGCUUCAGGGGCGGCUGUACCUUUCGGAAAACUGGCUGUGUUUCCAUAGCAACAUCUUCAGAUGGGAAACUACAAUUUCUAUUGCUUUAAAGAAUAUAACCUUUAUGACCAAGGAGAAAACUGCUCGACUCAUCCCAAAUGCUAUCCAGAUCAUCACAGAGGGCGAAAAGUUUUUCUUUACAUCUUUCGGGGCCAGAGACAGAAGUUACCUGAGCAUAUUCAGGUUGUGGCAGAAUGUGUUGUUAGAUAAGAGCCUGACCAGACAGGAGUUCUGGCAACUGCUUCAGCAGAACUAUGGCACGGAGCUGGGCUUAAAUGCUGAAGAAAUGGAAAACUUGUCAUUAUCCAUUGAAGAAAAUGGGCAGCCAAGAAGUCCAGGAAGAAGCAGUGUGGACGAUGCUGGGGAAAGAGACGAAAAGUUCUCCAAGGCCAUCAGCGUUACACAGGAGUCAGUCAGCCGAGUGUCAGAAACAGAGUCACCGGAUGGGAACUCACAGAAAAGAGGAUUAGGAAAAGAGGAGUCCCAGGGUGAGAAACAUGUGAAAAAAAGUCCUUCACUAGCUUCAGGAAAGAGGCUAAGUCGGGUGCCCUCCAAAUCCCUGGACUUGAAUAAAAAUGAAUAUCUUUCUCUGGACAAAGGCGGCAGCACUUCAGAUUCUGUUGACGAAGAAAGUAUUCCUGAAAAAGACCUUCAAGGAAGACUUUAUAUCAACCGCGUCUUUCACAUCAGCGCUGAGAGAAUGUUUGAGUUGCUCUUCACUAGCUCACGUUUUAUGCAGAGAUUUGCUAAUUCUCGAAAUAUAAUAGAUGUGGUGUCUACCCCUUGGACAGUUGAGUCUGGAGGCGACCAGCUGAGAACCAUGACCUACAAAAUAGUCCUCAGUAACCCGCUUACUGGGAAAUGUACAGCUGCCACGGAGAAGCAGACACUGUAUAAAGAGAGUCGGGAAGCACAAUUUUAUUUGGUAGAUACAGAAGUGCUGACACAUGAUGUUCCCUACCAUGACUACUUCUAUACUUUGAAUAGAUACUGUAUUGUCAGAUCUGCAAAACAGAGAUGCAGGCUGAGAGUUUCCACAGACUUGAAAUACAGGAAACAACCAUGGGGACUUGUCAAGUCUUUAAUUGAGAAGAAUUCCUGGAGUUCACUGGAGAACUACUUCAAACAGCUUGAAUCAGACUUGUUAAUGGAAGAGUCUGUGUUAAGUCAAUCCAUUGAAGACCCUGGAAAACUUAGCAGCCUGCGACGGAGAAGGCGGGCCUUGAACCGAACAGCAGAAAUAGUUCCAAAGCUGCCUUCUCAGCGUUCUUCUACAGAUUCAGGCUUCGAGGCCAAAGUGGACAUUACAGGAAAGAGAAAGGCUGUGGCCAGCUGCGACAUGGCUCUCAUUGUGGUGACGAGUGUAUUUUUGCUGCUGCUUGUUCUGCUGAACGUGACUCUGUUUCUGAAGUUGUCAAAGAUAGAGCAUGCUGCUCAGUCCUUCUAUCGGCUUCACCUCCAAGAAGAGAAAUCUUUAAAUUUAGUGUCUGAUACGUUCUCAAGAACAGAACAUAUUCAAAAGAACAAAGAUGAGGCCCGCCGUUUGAAAGGAGUGCUCCAGGAUUCCAUAGCGAUGCUGGAACAGCUGAAGAGCUCACUUGUUAUGCUUCAGAAAACCUUUGACUUGCUAAAUAAGAACAAGACUGGGGUGGCUGUGGAGAGCUAGUGCUGAGAUGUGGAAAUCAGAGACACAACUGGGCCCAGAAGACAACAUCUGGAAGGAAAUGGCGAACGAAGACUGUCAUUGUCAUAAGGGCAUUUCUGAUAUUUUUAUUACUGGGAUUUUUACUAGGAAAAUCUUAUUUAAAUAACAUUUCCUUGAUGAUUAUUCUCCAAUAGCCUUACAACUCUUAUCUUUUCACUAUAUAUAUAUGUUUUUAAGCUGUGAACUUCUCCAGUGAACCAUGAAAUAUAUUUUAGAAUUGAAAUUCUCUGACACAAAAGGGGAAGGCAGUCACCCUGGGUACUGUGGCUUCUCUUCUGUAGUGAGGCCUUUUACCUAAUCCUUUAAAUUUAUGUUAGCAGAGUCUCUGUGUGCCCAGUGGGCUGUGCUCACAGCU